AUGGCCAAGAAAAAGAAACCAGCAAAUGUUGCCUCUCGGCGUUCCGCGCGGCGUGGUAAGCCUAUCCAAAAGAGUGCGAUCGAAGGUGAAACCUCAACUACGGUGGAACCACCCGCCACUGCACCUGCCUCAGAAGACCCGCCUCCUGAAACUAAAGAAACCAUAAGUGGACAGACUACUUCUGACACAAAUGCUAAACCACCUCAAGAACUGCCUUAUGUAGUUCUGCACAAGAAGUUUGGUAAAUAUCGAUGUUUAUUUAAUAAUGAUGAUACAUUCACAAAAAAAUAUGAUGUUGGUAGUGACAGUGAAACUAACAGUAGCUAUGAGGUAAGAGUCGUAGAUCCUGGUUUAAGUUCUGAAUCAGAUUCCAAUGCUGCAGUGGAUACUCAGUCUGAUACAAAUAGUGGCGCUUGUCCCAGUCCUAUGAACAUUCCAGAUCGCGCAUUGCAUAGUUUUAGUUCUAGAGAUGCAUCUCCUCUGCCGUCAGUUGAAAGCUUAGACAUACCUUUACCAAAUGAUGAUACCAUAGAAAAUAAAAAGGACUUAGGCAAUGCAUGUGAUGAAAAAGAAAUUUGUUCACCAAUAGACCACCAAGAAAUGGAAAACAAUCAGGCCAAUGAAGUUAACAAUGAAGAUCAAGUUCAAAUGUUUAAUGAGCAUCUUUAUGGUGAUGAUGAUGAAGUGAUAACUAUAGUUCAAAUAUUAGAUGAUGAUAAUCAAGAGGGUUAUUAUAAUAUUGAUAUUGAUAGUUCAAAGGAUCAAGAGCUAAGUGAAAACAAAAGGGAAAAUGAAAAUCAAGAUAUUGAAUUUCAAAAAGAUUUUGAAAAGCUUAAUCUAGUACCAACAAUAAAUCCUAGUUCUCCAAUGCAGUAUUGUGAAGAAGUUAUCAGAAAUUCUAAUUGUGUUACUCCAGAUUUACAGUUCCCUAAAGAGAUUUUGGAUAGGCCUGAUCCAAGUUUAACACCAAGCUCAACUAUUUCUGAUGACAGUAACUCUUCAAGGGCAACAGACCAGGUGCAGAACAAUUCAAAUGAUUCCUCAGAGUCCUCUCCAUCAGGUGUUCGAAGAUCUAAUAGAAUAAAAACAAUAAGUACAUUAAAGCAAAAGACUAAAGGUUAUGGUUUAGUUAGAAAUACACUGAAAAAAACAUUAAUAACACAAACAAAACUAAAACUUGAAGAGUCAGGGUCCGAAAGCCAAGAUAAGCCUUCUGAUGCCUUAAACCAAUCUAAUUCUAAUCCUCCUCCGUUUCCUGUUCCAACAGAAAUGCCUGUUAAAGUUAAAUCUAGGUGGCGACGUUCAAGUGAACUUGAAAUGGGGGCAAGUUCACCAUCAAUUUCUCCAUUAGCAAGCCCAAGUUUGCCAAAAAUACCUCCUAUUGAAGAGAAACAGCAUGUUGAAGAAGUGAAAGAAGUUAUUGCCCUGAGUAAGGAAGCAUAUGAUAGAAUAAUUGAAGAAAGAAUGAACCAAUACCAACAUUUGGAUGAAAAUGAGUAUUUAUGUGAUAGAAUGAUAAGUAGGGAUACAAAGAAGAUGAUUUGUGACUGUUUUAUGACCAAAGAAGAGUUGGAGAGAGGAGAACUCGCUUGUGGAGAAGACUGUUUGAAUAGACUCCUUAUGAUUGAAUGUAAUUCAAGAUGUCCUGUUGGAGAUAGAUGUACAAACAGACGGUUUCAGAAGAAAGAGAAUGGUGCUCUAAAAGUGUUUUAUGCUGAAAAAAAGGGGUGUGGUGUAGAAGCUAGUGGUAACAUUCCAGCAGGGGAAUUUCUAAUGGAAUAUGUGGGUGAAGUGCUCGCUUAUGAACAAUUCUACAAAAGGGCCCAAGCCUACUCCGAUGAAAAUAACCUCCACCACUAUUUCAUGUCACUCAAAGGCGAUACCGUAAUUGAUGCUACAGUGAAGGGAAAUAUCUCGCGAUUCAUAAAUCAUUCCUGUGAUCCAAAUGCAGAAACUCAGAAAUGGACGGUCAAUGGAGAACUCAGAAUAGGAUUUUUCAGUAAGCGGGAUAUUCCGAUUGGGGAAGAAAUUACAUUUGACUACCAGUUUCAAAGAUUUGGCAAAGUGGCGCAAAGGUGUUACUGUGGCGCUGAGAAUUGUAGGGGCUGGAUCGGGGCUGAACCUGAUUCAGAGGAUGAAGAUUAUGAGGAGGAGGGAGACGUGUCUACGUCCAAGUUCACAGCAGAGUCUGAGGAGAUGCAGACGACGGAAGACAAGGCGAAGCCCCGAGUGCGGAGACCAAGAAGAGAUCGCACUUAUAAACCUAGUGCUGACUUAGUCCAAGAUGCUGAUAUUGAAGAAGAUCUGGAAGCUCUCGGUCGCACCGGAGUCAAGAAUCAAUGUCAUACACUUCGACUAUCGCGUACAGUCGUCCGCGCUAAGACGCGCCGCGCGCAGGCCGCACUAUUGCGGCUCUUACGCGACGCCGACUUACCUUGUCGCCGACUGUUCUUGGACUACCGUGGGCUAAGGCUGUUAGCCCCGUGGUGUACUGAUGCGCCUUUGGACUUUAAAUUGGAAAUCCUUCAAACAGUAGAUAGAUUGCCCAUCCCCAACAAGACCAUGGUGCAAGAGACACGCUUCUUCACAAUCAUUGAGAGAUGGCUCAGCUCUUCAGAACUCCCACCGGAGCCACCUGUGUUCAUCGAUGAGGCUACUGGUCUACCGGUUGAACUAGGAGGCAAACCCGCUCCAGAAGUAGAUAAGGCUAAGGAGAAUGCUGCUAUGCUUGAGAAAAUUAAGGAUCUAUCAUCACAGCUUUUAGAGAGGUGGUCUAGUCUCAAAGAAGUCUUCAAAAUCCCAAAAAAAGAAAGAAUCCAGCAGAUGAAAGAGCACGAACGUCAAGCGAAUGUUGAAAGGCGAGCUGCGGACUCCAGUGGAUCACGUGACCGUGACCGCGAUCGUGAUCGCGAUCGUGAACGCGAACGUGACCGUGAGAGACGUGAGGAACGUGACCGUGACCGCGAUCGGGAGAGGGAGAGGGAACGGGAAAAAGAGAGGGAUAGAUAUCGGGAGAGGGAUCGAGAGAGGGAAAGAGAUAGAGAUAGACGGAAAAGAAGAAGCAGUCCAGAGGGGAGGCGGAGUAUUCGACUUACAGACCGAGUCCUAGCGGCCAUUCCACCAAUGAGCAAAGAGGAGAGGCGUCGAGCCUUCGCAGAAGCUGCUGCGGCGGCUGAUGAGAGCAGGCGGCAGAGGGACAGUCAGCCAUUCAUGCCUUACUGGCCACCGGAUUCAUUCUCACAGAUGUUCCCCCAAGGAAUGAUUCCCGGUCAACCCACUAUAAUGCCAAAUGGACCAAAUAUGAUGCCAAACAGACCACCAAUGUUACCAAAUGGACCCAAUAUGCUGCCCAAUGGACCAAUGAUGCCAAACGGACCAAACCUAAUGGGUCCAAACAUGUUACCAGGGCCGCAGAAUAUGUUAAGUGGUCCACAAAAUAUGAUGGGUGGCCCGAAUCUUAUGAUGCCGGGUCUCAUGCCGGGUAUGAUACCGGCCGAUGUGCCCCCGGAAUGGAUCGGGCCGAAUGGGGAGUUCCAGGGUCCUCCAGGGUUUUGUCCACCGUUUCCGGGGCAGCCAUUUUGUGUUCCACAACCCAAUGUGAUGGGAAUGAGUGGAUUCGGUGUGGGUGGGUUCAUGUUCGGACAGCAGAUGGGACCCUUUCCACCCCAAGCGUCCAGACCUAGCAAUGCACCUCGGCCCAUAGUUACCGAGAGUGUAAAUACAGAGGAUGAUGAUGACGUGGAGCCAGUGUUGCCGUCCAUGUGGAGGAGUGCCUUGGACGACAGAGGCCGAAGGUAUUACUACCACGUGAAGCUGAGGCAGCCGCAGUGGCUGCCACCCCCUCAGCCGCCUCCAUCACCAGAUGAAAGUUCUUCUGAAGAAGAAGCAGACACACUGAGUGCAGUGGAAACGGCCGUAGUACGAAGGCAGAUGAAGGGCAAGAUGGUGGAAGGUGUCAAUGGCAUUUAUGAGGUGAUAAAGGCGGACGGCUUGAUACCGGAGCACGCGCUGCUCAGCGAUAAGCCGCGCAAGAGACGUCCGGGCCUCGUCACGGAGAGGCCGAUUAGCCCCCGUACUGAAGAGGACAAGCUGGCCGGCCGUAUGGAGGUGAAAAGGUACAAACAGACGAAGGAGAAGUUGCGAAAGAGACGCGAGAAGCUUCUACAAAAAAGUCCGUUUUUCGGUGAUCUGGACGACUCUGACAGCGAUUCUGAUGACGACUCGGACGUGAUCCAAAUCCUUGAGAAGCUGUCCUCACCGCCCGCUGAGAAACCCGCCCCCGCUGCGCCAUCCGCUGCUGACGUAGAGGAGAACGCCAGGAGGAUCAAGGAGCAGUUCCGGAGUAGCAUGGCCAGGGUUAUGGUGCAACAUUUGAACCCAUAUCGUCACUCGUCAGCCCCCGCCGGUCGCAUCACCUGUACGGCUGACUUCAAACAUCUUGCUAGAAAGCUAACUCACUUCGUGAUGCUAAAAGAACUUAAGCAUUGCCGGACAGUAGAAGAGCUGGUGGUGACUGACUCUGUACGGUCAAAGGCCAAAAUGUUCGUCAAAAAGUACAUGGCCAAGUUUGGUCCCAUUUACCAACGACCACCUGAAGAAGCCGACUAG